AUUGAUGGGUGUGUCAGCACAAUCUGCAAAAAAACGCUUCAACAGUAGCUUUCAACUGCAGGCAACAGGCAUGGCAAACAACGCAGCUUGGACAACAAAAGCCCCCAAAGAUGGUGACCGUGACAAGUGGAAGAAGAUCCAAGAAAGAACUUUCACUAACUGGUUCAAUGACAGGCUGAGAGGCCAUCUCAAAGUAGCCAAGAGACAGGUUACGAAGUUUGAAGAUGACCUGAAAGAUGGCAUUAUGCUGAUUGAGUUGCUGGAACUUCUGGCAGCCCCUAAUAAGGUUGGGCGUUUUUCCAAGAACUCCAGCAAUAAAGUUCAAAUGAUAGCAAACCUCGGAACUGCUCUUCGAUUUAUUGCUGACCGCGGCAUCAAGCUUGUCAAUAUUGGUCCUGAAGACAUCUACGGAGGCAACCUCAAGCUCAUUUUGGGUUUGGUAUGGACCCUCAUCAAAGAAUACCAAAUCAAGAGCAAAGGGAAGAGCAUGUCCACCAAAAAAGCUAUGCUGGCUUGGAUCAACUCUGUCAUCCCUGAAUACAAAAUCAUGAACUUUGGUGUCAAUUGGAACGAUGGACGUGCCGUCUGUGGAGUGGUGGACAAGCUGCGUCCCGGAGCCUGCCCUAACCAUCUGGCCCUCAAUCCCAAGGAAGGUCUAGAAAACAACAGCCUCGGAAUGGACCUAGCAGAACGACUCAUGGACAUUCCGAAAGUUCUCAGCCCAGCCGAUCUCAACAAUCCAGAUGUUGACGAGCUCAGUGUGAUGACUUACCUCUCUUACUUCUUCGAUCCAGCAAACCAACAGCUCUUGGAUUGGAUCAGAAAGAAAAUUCCGGAGAGGAACAUCAAGAAUCUGUCGACCGAUUGGAACAAUGGUAUCAACCUCGGCGCUUUGGUAGAGUCAUGCUUUUCUGGAGUGUGUCCAGAGUGGGAGUCGAUGGACCCAACCGACGCUAUCGAAAACCUCACCAAGCAGAUCAAACUCAUAAAGAACAGGCUUAGUAUUGAGCCCCCAGUCGGUGCAGCAGAGCUUGCUAAUCCAGAAGUGGACGAAAUUGUUGUCGCCACCUACCUCAGCCAGUUCCGAAAUGCCAAGCUUCAUGCCGCCCCAGAAGAGUUUUCUCUCAAAGUUCCGAGUCUACCCAAAGGUUCUGCUAUCGUUCACGAACCUAUUACAUUCGGUGUCGAUAUUGCACACAAUGCUAGCGAUCUAGCCAAGGACAUCAAAAUCACAGCUCACGGUCCGUCUUCUGACACUUCUGUCAAGAUAGCACAAAAAGAUGGAAACUUGGUGGCAACGUUUGUUCCGACAGAAGCAGGCACAUACGAAGUGUUUGCUGCAUUCCAAGGAGAGCAUAUCAGUGGUAGUCCAUUCUCACUGCCUGUAGCCGAUCCCAGCAAGUGCCAGAUUUUCGGAGACAUUCCGAAAGAUAUGCAGGUUGGCCAUCCUGAAUCGUUCCAAGUGAAAACCCGUGGUGCCGGAAAAGCGAAACUAACAUGCACAUUUGACGAAGGCAAGGCUUCAACCCCCGUGAUAUCAAAUGAGUGUGUCGAGCAGGAUAAUGAUCAGUACGAGGUGACAGUCGAUCCCAAGAAAAUUGGUGAAGCACUCGUAGAGCCCAAAUGGGCGGGCGCUUAUAUUCCUCAAUCUCCUUUCAGAGUGAACAUUUGCGAUGCUAGCCAGUGUGCUGUUGUCGGAGACGCUCUAAAAAAAGGUACCGGUAAAGUGGGCGAACCAAUCGUAUUCACACUCAAAGCCAACCCAAAGACAGCCGGAAAAUCAAAACCGAACAUCAAACCACGAGGUCCGAGUGCCUUCUACACACCAGAAGUGAAAGACAAAGGAGAUGACAGUUACGAAGCGAGUUUCGUACCGUGGGAGGUCGGUCUACACGAAAUGGACGUGCUUUGGGGAGGGGGACACGUUCCAGGCAGUCCUUUCACGAUGAAAAUCAGUCCAGCACCUGAUGCAAAUACGUGCAGUGCAACUGGGAAGGGGCUCAAGAAAGGAAUUGCUAAAGUCGAGACAAGUUUUGAUAUCAUAGCUCCCGAGAAAGGCCUACUGAAGAAAACAGAUGGAUUGAAUGUCAGCGUAAAGGGAAUGAGCAACACAGCACCAGUUGAAAUUGUCGAUAACAACGAUGGUGUUUACAAGGUGACAUACGUUGCACCUGAACCCGGAGCUUACGUCAUCGAGAUAAAGUUCUAUGGCAAGCAGAUCCCUGGUAGUCCUUUCAAACUGGACGUGGUACCUCCUCCUGACGCUGCUAAAUGCAGAGCCUACGGACCUGCACUUCACCCCAACUCCCUCCACAUUGCCGGGACACCACUCGAUAUGUUUGUCGACACGCAACAAGCUGGCAAAGGCGAGCUACAAGUUGUGAUCAAAGGCCCGGAUGAUCUCAAGCCAAAGGUGUACACCGCAAACGACAGAGGUGUUUACUCGAUGAAAUGGGAUGUCCCCGAACCAGGCAAAUACAGCGCUCACGUUUGGUGGUCCCAAGUUCCCAUUCCUGGGAGUCCAUUCAAGAUUCGAGUCCAUCCCGGCCCCAAUGCAGGCAUGGUGAAAGCGUUUGGUCCUGGAUUGGAGCCAAGUUUCGAAGUUGGAGAAAUAAGUGAUUUCGCAAUCGAAACUAAAAAUGCAGGAAUUGGUACCCUCACUAUUCGAGUGCACGGCAUCAAAGGAGCCUUUAAAAUCGAUGCUAACCCUGCUAGUGAAGACGAUAAACGUACCUUGAAGGCCCAAUAUGAUCCCAAACAGCCAGGUGAUUACAUCAUAGCCAUUCGCUGGUCUGGAGCCAACAUCCCUGGAAGCCCCUUCAAAAUCAACAUUCGAGGCCCGCCAAAAAAGAAGAAGGAGAAGAAACCUGUACAAGAUAACAAAAUGGUACUUCCUGAACAAGUCGAAAUGUACAAUGCUCCUGUUAUGAUGGGAGCACAGGGGCAAAUGCUGAUGUAUCCAGGGCAAUACGGUGCACCGAGUGCAACUCAGAUUACGACCACUAAGACGGUCACGACAAAGACCAAGUCAAAAGGCGGCAAAGAAGUUCGAAUACAAGAGGAGCAGGCGGCACCUGUGUAUUACGAGAAGGAAGAGAAAAAGAAAAAGAAGAAAAAGUUUUGAAAAACACUGCACUCUUUUACUCUAUAUAACUACAUAGCUAGAUAGCUUGCAUCAUAUUUUUGUAGCUUCCAUUGUUAUAAUUAAUGUAGAAGCAUUUCUUUUAUCCCCAAAGAGUUGUUAGUUCAUUUUAGACUUUACUUUUAUUUUAACACACAAAAAGAUAUUGUAAUACUUUAACCAUAAUUAUCAUGCAUUUAAAAGUACAA